AUGAUGCAGAAGUGGCUGGACACUCGUGCCAAGUAUCCUGAUCGUAUGGAGGAGAUUGAGAUCUUUUCUACAGCCGUUGGGACACUUGGCGCUGGUGGAGAUACCGUUAGCGCAACAAUACAGGCGCUAUUCUAUUUCCUGAUUCGGCAUCCCCCUUAUAUGAUUCGGCUUCAGGAUGAGCUCGAUGCGGCUGAGGCCCGUGGGGAGCUCUCGCAUAUUGUUCAGUAUGCCGAAGCACAGAAACUACCUUUUCUCCAAGCUUGUAUGAAAGAGACAUAUCGGUUCCAUACCGCCGUUGGUCUCGGGCUACCACGAGUCGCUCCCCCUGGUGGAAUUACUAUCGCCUGCAGAUUCUUCGCGGAAGGGACCAUCCUAAGCGUAAAUCCCUGGGUCAUUCACCGCAACCCUGAGAUAUUCGGUGAGGAUUGCGACAGUUUCAACCCAGACCGUUGGUUCCGGAAAGAGUCCGGAGAUAUGAAUGCAUUCUUGAUCCACUGGGGGGCAGGAUACAACGCAUGUCCAGGACGAAAUUUUGCUCAAUUUGAAAUAUCCAAGCUUGCUGCCACGCUGCUCCGGCAUUUUGACAUCGAACAAAUAGACCCCAAGCAGGAGUGGACAUGGCAUAAUCAUUUCAUCUGCGUGCCUUAUAAAUGGCCCUGCAGAAUUCGACGUCACCUGAGGGGCUAA